AUGGCCACUCAGCCCGCGCGCCGGAGCCCCCUCGAGCAGGAGCAGGACCGCGACGUCCGGGCGCUGAUCGGGCGCCUGACCGGCCUCCGCGAGGCGCAGGGCGGGGAGGUGCCCGGCGGCCGCUUCCAGACGGCGCUGAUCUUCGCCUGGUCCAACUUCAGAUUUCAUCGGUUUCUUGAUGUAAGCAGUCACAAAGUAGAGAGGACAAUAGAGGGAAUUUAUGAAAAGCUGAUUGUUCAUUCAGACCUCAGUAAAGCUGCAAGCUGGAAAAGACUAAUAGAAAAGUUUCUGAACUCACCACUUCCAAGCACUGAAGAAACAAAGACAGAUGCUCAUUACGCCAUACUAUCUCUCCUACUGUGCUUGUCCGAUUCUCCUUCCAACACCAACUAUGUGGAAAAGCCAAGAGAAAAAGAAGUGGAAAAGGAAGAAGAAUUUGACUGGGGAAAGUACUUGAUGGAAGGGGAAGAAAUUGAUUUUGGUCCUGACAUAGACACACCAGAUUGGUCUGAAGAAAGUGAAGAGGAGGAGGAUGCCCAACAACCUCUGAGCAGGGAAGACUCUGGCAUUCAAGUAGACAGGACACCACAAGAAGAACAAGACCAAAACAAGAAAACAGUGUCUCAGGUCACAUGGAAAGUGGGUGAACCUGAUGCGCGCAGCUGGCUGGAACAGCAUGUGGUUCCUCAAUAUUGGACAGGAAGAGCUCUUCGUUUUUCUCACAGUUUGCACCUACAUUCCAAUUUAGCUGCUGUCUGGGACCAACACUUGUACAGCAGCGAUCCCUUAUAUAUGCCAGAAGAAAGAACUCUUGUAACUGAAACACAGGUUAUCCGGGAAACACUCUGGCUUCUUUCAGGGGUGAAAAAGCUCUUUAUAUUUCAGCUGAAUGAGGGAAAGGUGACUGUGAGAAAUGACAUUAUUGUAACUCAUUUGACCCAGAACUGCUUAAGAUCAGUAUUGGAGCAGAUAGCAGCAUAUGGACAAGUUGUGUUUAGGCUGCAGAAGUUCAUUGAUGAAGUGAUGGGGCACAGCUCAGAAAGUGUAAUACCUGGAACCAUUUCCACUCCCAAGAAAACUACAGAACCCCCAUUUAGAACCUACCAAGCUUUUAUGUGGGCCUUGUACAAGUACUUCAUUAGUUUCAAAGAAGAGCUUACUGAAAUUGAGAAAUGCAUAAUCAACAAAGACAAAACAGUCACUCUUUCAAUAGUAGUAGAUAAGUUGUCACCUCGACUGGCACAGCUUAAGGUACUUCACAAAGUUUUCAGCACAGGGGUAGCAGAAGUACCGCAAGUACCACCUGACACUCGAAAUGUUGUAAGAGCAUCUCAUUUGCUUAAUACACUCUACAAAGCUAUUCUUGAAUAUGACAACGUUGGAGAAGCAUCUGAGCAAACAGUAUCCCUCCUCUUCUCUCUCUGGGUUGAAACGGUAAGGCCGUAUUUGCAGACAGUGGAUGAGUGGAUUGUCCAUGGUAACUUGUUUGAUCCUGCUAAGGAAUUUAUCAUUCAGAGAAACAAAAAUGUCCCAGUUAAUCACAGGGAUUUUUGGUAUGCUACCUACACAUUAUAUAGUGUGUCAGAAAAGAUGGAGAAUGAAGAGAAAAUGAGUGAUAAUGCCAGUGCCAGCUCUGGCAGUGAUCAGGCUCCCUCAAGUAGGCAGCACACAAUGGUCUCCUUUCUGAAACCAGUACUUAAACAAAUCAUCAUGGCUGGAAAGUCCAUGCAAUUGUUGAAGAACCUACAAUCCAAAGAUGAUUAUCCACGGCAAGCUGCAUCAAGAGAUGCAGAAAGAAAGAGUUUGUACACACUAUUUCUGGAGUCUGUGCAGUCUCGUCUGCGGCAUGGGGAAGAAUCUGUUCCAGAUAUUAUUACAGAACAACAAGCUACAAAGCAGAGUUUGAUAAAGAUGCAGUCUAUAGCAGAGAGACACUUAGAACUGGAUGAUGUUCAUGAUCCAUUGCUGGCUAUUAACUUUGCUAGGCUGUAUUUGGAGCAAAGUGACUUUCAUGAGAAAUUUACUGGUGGUGAUGUUUGCGUGGAUAGAUCCUCUGAAUCAGUGACAUGCCAGACAUUUGAACUGACACUGAGGUCUUGCCUUUAUCCUCAUAUAGAUAAGCAAUAUCUGGAAUGCUGUGGCAACCUAAUGCAAACUUUAAAGAAGGAUUACAGGCUGGUAGAGUACUUGCAGGCAAUGCGAAACUUUUUUUUGCUUGAAGCUGGGGAUACUAUGUAUGAUUUCUACACAUCUAUUUUUGAUAAAAUAAGAGAAAAGGAAACUUGGCAGAAUGUAUCAUUUCUAAAUGUUCAACUCCAGGAAGCAGUUGGACAACGUUACCCAGAGGACAGUUCAAGGCUGUCUAUAUCUUUUGAAAGUGUUGAUACAGCAAAGAAGAAACUCCCUGUCCAUACCUUAGAUGGCUUAACAUUGAGCUACAAGGUUCCUUGGCCUGUGGAUAUAGUUAUAAGUUUAGAAUGUCAAAAAAUUUACAAUCAAGUGUUUCUUCUCUUAUUACAAAUAAAGUGGGCCAAGUAUAGCUUAGAUGUUUUACGAUUUGAUGAACUAGUAAAUGCUACCGAAAAACCACAGUUAAAGGAAGGACCUCAAUUAGAACAAGAGAUAGUUCCUCAGUUUGGAUCACAAACAGAAUUUAUAAAACAACAAAUUCACCGCAUGUUCCUCUUAAGAGUGAAACUCAUGCAUUUUGUUAACAGCUUGCACAACUACAUCAUGACCAGGAUUCUUCACAGUACAGGUUUGGAGUUUCAGCAUCAGGUAGAAGAAGCCAAAGAUUUAGAUCAACUGAUUAAAAUUCAUUAUAGAUAUUUGUCUACAAUCCAUGAUCGCUGCCUGCUGAGAGAAAAGGUUAGUUUUGUGAAAGAAGCUAUAAUGAAAGUGCUGAAUUUAGUGCUGAUGUUUGCAGAUCGUUGGCAGGCUGGUUUGGGAGCUUGGAGGAUGGAAUCCAUAGAGAAGAUGGAAUCAGAUUUUAAAAAUUGUCACAUGUUUCUUGUAACAGUUCUAAACAAAGCAGUCUGUAGAGGCUCUUUUCCUCAUUUGGAGUCUUUAGCUGUGUCACUCAUGGCUGGCAUGGAACAAAGUUAACAAAAGACCAGAGUGCAUUGAACUACUCAAGAACUGAACUCCUGCAGCAUUCAUCUGCCACAUUAUUUAUUCAAAAUGAGCAUUUUAUACUGAAAUCCAUGUAUAUGUAGAUAAAUGGCAGUUGAUAUCAUUUCCUUUCAUUAACUGUUUGAAACUGUAAAAUGUUUGAAACUGUAAAUGGUGAUGUACAGUAUUUAAUGAGUAUUGAUUGUGGCUGUUUUUUUUCCCCUGCGUGUUAGUAUGCUAUAACAUCAGAUUCAUACUGUCUUGCAAAAGUAGCUGAUUUGAAAAUACAUGAAAUGUUUCUUCUUGUGAAGAAGGAAUUACUCA